CAUCUGAAAGGUCUAUUAGAAGCCAGCCUCAACGUUUACUUAUAUAUCUAUAUCUAUAUAUCGCCACAUGUAUCACUAAAUCUUAACUUGGUAUUUUACUUGCUUUUAAAGCCUUCCUCGGCUAUCUUCCUUCACACCCUCUUUAAAAGUCACUUGACAUUAGUAUCUCUCUUUUUGUUUCUUUCUACUUUUAUCUCUUUUCUUUCGAUCCUCUGAGAGCAUGCCUGGGACCCUUUUUCUAUUUACAAUGAUUUAGGGAGAGACUUGAAUCAGAGAUAGGGAAAAGGAACAAAAGAGAAGCAGAUGCUUUGCCUCAUCAAAUGGCAGGAAUUAGAAGACCAAUAUCCGGUCCUCUCGGAGCCCUUAAUACCAUUACUCCUUGUGCGGCAUGUAAACUUUUGCGCCGUAGAUGCGCUCAAGAAUGUCCUUUUUCGCCUUAUUUCUCCCCACAUGAGCCUCUUAAGUUCGCAUCCGUCCACAAAGUCUUUGGAGCUAGCAACGUCUCCAAGAUGCUAAUGGAAGUACCGGAAGGUCAUAGAGCAGACGCAGCUAAUAGCCUCGUGUAUGAAGCAAACGUGAGGCUAAGAGAUCCAGUGUACGGCUGCAUGGGAGCAAUCGUAGCUCUACAACAACAAGUUCAAGCUUUACAAGCCGAGCUUACAGCCGUACGAUCUGAGAUUCUCAAGUACAAGCAACGAGAAGCUGUCGCCACUUUGAUAGUACCUUCCAACUCCCAAGUCGCCGGAUAUCACAACUCUGGCGACGUCUCCGUCAUUACACUGCCACCACAAACGCCGUCAACUCCACCGCAACCUACGGCACCUCUUCCUGAUCCGCCUCCUCCAUCUUCUUGUGUUUACUCUCAACCAACAACAAGAGCAUUACAAUACGGCGAGAUUGAAAGUGAGAACAACUCCUACUUCGGUUAAAGUGUAUUUCAAUCAUUCUAUGAAAACACAACAUACAUAUAAUUUAUUUCCAUAAUCUGUGGUCCGAUUUUUUUUUGGCACAAAUCUGUGUUCCGAUUAUUAUAACUAAAUUAAAUAAAUAUAAAGGAGGAGGUUG